AUGCCGCCAACACCGAGCUCAACGGGAGCAAUGUGUGGUGCAGGCGUGGAUCUCUCUUGCCAAGACAGUGGCUUCGGCAACUGCUGCGGAUCUGAUAAUACAUGUGGCCACGAUGCGAAUCAUUGUGGUACUGGUUGUCAAAUUGGCUUCGGAUUCUGCACAAACAUAUCAAAUGAUGGUAGUUGUGGUAACAAUGUGACUUGCCUAGGCAGUGUGUUUGGAAACUGCUGCUCCGAAUUCUUUUUCUGUGGAUCUGACUCAAGCUUCUGCGGAACGGGUUGUCAACCUGACUUAGGACUUUGUACUCAACCAAGCUCGACAGUCUCAAUCCCUUCAUCAAGUACAUCUGUGUCUUCUACCGCUGUUCCCUCUGCAUCGGGUGCUUGCACAUUCACACCCGGCCUUGGCGACACAACACUAGCCAGCAUCCCAGCCCCUGCGGUCUACAACUCCUCGGGCAUAGUCUACUCAUUUGGAUUUAUUAACAGCAACGUCGGCGCUCUGGCCUACGCGACUUACAACCCAUCUGCGAGUGCUACAGACCAAUUCGCCUUCUACCAAGUAUCAACUAACAUCGCCCCGCCCACCAUCGGCUGCGCAUCAUUCGGCUACCUCUACCAGGUUGACUCCGGCCUGUGCGUUACGGCCAACAAAACUGGAAACGCAUAUCCAGAUUUUCAGGGGGCGGACAUGGCGCUAGAGCCCUGUUAUUCCUGCAGUACCACCGGGGGCCCGCCACAAGAGCAACUGUUUUGUACAGAUGCUUACACUGUCGGUGUCUUUGAUCCGUAUCAAUGCGUGCUGUUCUUUGGAGAUGCGACAUUCCCGGAUAGCUUUUAUGGGCCGACGUAUGGGCCUGGGCCCGCUCCUGCAGAGUCGACGGUUCUACUCGAUGGCCAGGAAUGCAUUUUCCUUCUAUUUCCUUCCCCCUAA